AUGAGUGACACCACCAACCAAACCCCAGAACACUCGUCGGCGCCGGGAGCAAUAGUUGAACAGCCAGCUGCGCCGGACCCAGAUGCUGAGAUCCAGCCAGACUCAAACGAAACGAGCGACGUAGACUCCACAUUGGGCGACGACCUCUCAGUCACCAGCACAUCUCUCGCCUCCUCCAUAUACAACUAUCCUUACGAACACGGCAGACGAUACCACGCCUACCGCCAAGGCGCAUACACCCUACCAAACGAUGAGACGGAGCAAGCGCGGCUUGACCUCCUCCACCACGUCUUCCGACUGACUCUCGAUGGCCGACUCUUUCGCGCCCCGAUCUUAGCGAGUCCGCAGCGGGUGCUCGACUUCGGCACGGGGACGGGCAUCUGGGCCGUGGAUUUUGCGGACGAAUUCCCCAUGGCCAUGGUCAUCGGCACGGACCUCAGCCCCAUCCAGCCGGACGUGGUGCCCCCGAACGUGAGGUUCUACGUCGACGACGUCGAGAGCGACUGGGUCGAGGCCAGCACCGAGGCCGAGAGGUACGACUUCAUCCACGGGCGCACCAUGGUCGGCAGCAUCGAGGACUGGGACCGGCUGUACCAGCAGGCGCUGCGGUCCCUGAAUCCGGGAGGCUGGCUCGAGAUGCAGGAGUACGAGACGUGGCUCAAGUCGGACGACGACCCGGAGCUCGCCCGGGCGCCGUACCUCAAACGGUGGCAAGACGAGGUGAACCAGGCCAGCAGAGUGUUCGGCAAGGACCUCGACGUGGCCAAAGAGCAGAGGCAGCGUUUGGUCGAUGCGGGCUUCGUCGACAUCCGAGACGACGUCUACAAGGUCCCCGUUGGGCCGUGGCCGCGCGAUCCCAAGCUCAAGGUCCUGGGCAAAUACCAGCUCCCGCAGGUCUGUUCGGCCAUCGAGCCUUUCGCCCUGGGCUUCCUCACCCGCUACCUGGGCUGGACCGAGGACGAGUGCCGCGUGCUCGUUGCGCACGUCAUCCGGGAGUUGCAGGAUUCCCAGAACCAUCUCUACGUCAACUUCCAUUUCGUCUACGGGCGGAAGCCGGGGGGCUAGGAACCAAUGUGGCCACAGGAAGUUUGUAAUAAAAAGUUA